AUGGAAACCAUAGCAAACAUUUCUCGCGUCUCUCCUUUUUUUUUCCUUUUCUUAUCUGUUUUUUUUUGUUCUCUCCUCCAAUUUCGCAUUUGGGCACAUCUUCUCACUUACCACCCUCCCAAUUCCGCCUGUCUUCUUAUUUGCUCAUUACAACCUUUCUUAUUUCUCACUCUCUCUCCCUCACUUCCUCUGUCUCUGUCUCUUCUCCCGAUAAAAAAGACUGAACAAUGCCGGUCGCAUUACGUCGAAGCGCUGCAACAUAAACGAGAAGAGGAAAAGUCCCUAAUCACCUCCUCUCUAACCGCUACCACCGCCAUCAUCCUUUCCUCUCUCUCUCCCAUUGCUUUAUCAGGGACGGACGUCUCUAAAUCGACACAGCGCUCCAGACUUAAGUUAUGGGCGGGAAAGGCGACUACAGUAGUCACAUAUGUGAUAUGGGACCACCGCUGUCUUCCUCCUCGUCUCUGCUUUCUUUGCAGCCUUUACCCGCGAUUAUACCGAUACCCCCCCAUCAACCGGUCACUCUCUAUACUGGACUUUUCAACGCACCCUUCCAUCCACUGUCCAUUGACCACAAUCUUCACUACACCAUAA